AGGAGGCGCCGGCGCGGCUCAGUAGAUCCACCGGGCGGUGCGCAGUGAGGAAGGACGGAGCGGCCAGAGCAGCGGCAACAUCAGCACCAGCACCGACACCGGGCCUCCUGUUGUUAAUCUCUCCUAGUCCCUCCCCAAGACAUUCUCACCCACACGGUCAACCAUGGCGCUGAGCGAUGCAGAUGUGCAGAAGCAGAUAAAACAUAUGAUGGCCUUCAUUGAACAGGAGGCUAAUGAAAAAGCUGAAGAAAUUGAUGCAAAGGCAGAAGAAGAGUUUAACAUUGAAAAGGGGCGGCUUGUACAGACGCAGAGAUUGAAGAUCAUGGAAUACUAUGAAAAGAAGGAAAAGCAAAUUGAACAGCAGAAAAAAAUUCAAAUGUCUAAUUUGCUGAACCAGGCUCGGUUGAAGGUUCUCAAAGCCAGAGAUGAUCUGAUUUCGGAUCUGUUGAAUGAAGCCAGACUGAGACUGAGCAGAGUAGCAAAAGAUCCUUCCAGAUACCAGACACUUCUGGAUGGACUUCUGCUACAGGGUUUUUAUCAACUAUUGGAACCAAUAGUGAUUAUUCGUUGCCGCAGACAAGAUAUUACAUUGGUUAAGACCUCUAUCAGCAAGAAUGUUCCCAUUUACAAGAAGAACAUAAAUAAGGAUAUUGAUAUUCACAUUGAUCAGGAAACCUUUCUACCAGAAGACAUUGCUGGAGGUAUUGAGGUGUACAAUUCCUCUGGGAAAAUCAAGGUCUCCAAUACCUUGGAGAGUAGAUUGGAACUGAUUGCGCAGCAGAUGAUGCCAGAAAUCCGCGUUGCGCUGUUUGGUGCCAAUCAAAACCGGAGGUUCUUGGACUAAGGGCUGUGUUGGCGUUGAGCUGUAUCUAGGCACACACCACAUUGAAAAAAGUUAUAGAAGUUACACGCCUGUACUGGAGAGUAAAUUGAUUCAACGUUCUUGCUUUUCUCUGUUUGUAUUGACAUGUAUCUGAAACUAGUUUCUCCAAUUUAAUGUUUGCAUUUGCCUAAUGGAAAUUGCCAGAAAGUUUGGAUUGACUGGGAUGUCCUGCUUCAGUUUUUGUGUGUGUAUAUAAAUCUAUUUUUCCAAGUUAAAUUUUUGGUUUUCCUUUUGCCAUUUCAAUAUAGAGCAGUAAAUUCUAUAGAUGUACCAAUGUUACUGACGUCAAUCCUAUGCUAUUUAAUUAAAUUGAAAUGGAAGUUUGUGUUUCAGGUGCUGUAUGUAUAUGUGGUUCUGAAGUAAAUAUCUUGCUAGAUCCUAAAUAUCCUAA